GUGGUUUGACUAAAAAUGGAAGAUUGGAAAGUUUCUCUUGAGUCAAUUGUCAACCCCAUAUAUCUCAAGAUUUUAGGAGAAUUUCAGGCAGCCUUGUACAGUGGAAGCUGGUGUAUGUCACAAAGAACUGCCCUAGCAGACAUGGAGCACUUUGAACAUUUUUGGCCAAGAGAUUUGAUUGAUAUGAAAUCAAAGUCAAGUGAUGGGUCUUCGGAUGGCUCUAUAGUCUUACAAGAUGUUCAAGAACCGAGUGGCGGCACAGCUACUAUGUCUCCAGACUCCGCUUUCCAUAUCAUGGCAAACGCCUUUUCUAGUUCGUCGCCAACCACAGCCAACGGUUGGAAACAAAACUUACUAUUUAGAGAACAACAUGGGCAGGACACCUUUUCAACUAGUCUUGAGGACGCUUCACCACCGGCGACAGAGAUUAAAUACCACGACUUCAGCGUGGACCAACAAGGAUUAAGUUUUGAAACUGGAUCCGACAAUUGUUCCCCCACCCCAUAUGGCUACUCUUCAAUAUCAUCAUCACAAUCUUUUCUAGAGUCUUUGCUUGAUAGAAAUUCACCAUCCCUAUAUGGUUUCCAACCGAAUUUCAACAAUAUCGAUGUUGUUCAAAGCUUGCCUCUAGUAAGCACAAAACAACAAAUUCCUGGUUAUUUUCAGCUAACUGAUAACACCUCGUUAUUGAAUACUACAACGUCACCAUCAGACGAUAAUAUUUCAAGCUUCCUGCCUUCAGUGUCAUACAAAGCGGCACAAACAUGUGUUAAUGUCACCAUAAAGCCUAACUAUCAAGAUUUCGAGGAUUUUGGUUCAAUGACAAAGAAAAGCUCCGGUCGAGUUCUGUUGAAGAGACCGCGGCUUGAAACACCUUCACCGUUUCCUACAUUUAAGGUCCGAAAAGAGAAGCUAGGAGACCGAAUCACCGCCCUUCAGCAAUUAGUUUCACCUUUUGGAAAGACUGAUACUGCUUCUGUGCUCCAUGAAGCCAUUCAGUACAUUAAGCUUCUCCAUGAUCAAGUCAAUAUUCUAAGUGUACCUUAUAUGGACAAUGGAGCUACAAAGCAAUUUAAUCAGAUUCAUGAUAAUGUGAAAGAUGUGAAGGGACACAAACAAGACCUAAGGAGCCUAGGACUUUGCCUUGUACCAGUUUCGAGUAUGUUCCCUGUUGCAACAGAGAUGACACCUAUUUCCUGGACACCGAGUUUUCAAGGAUCCUUCAAGUAGCUAGAGAUCAACAACCAACUCAUCUAUCUACAUUCGUUAGCUUUUAUAACAUGCACAAAUUAAAAAGCUGUGAUCUACUAUGCUUUUUAAAUAUUUUGGGUGCAAAGAGCUAGGUCAUUCAAAAUAACAGAAAAGCAUAAGUAGUUGCAAGACUAAGUGCAGUAAGUUGUAGGAUGAUAAGCUAACGACUUUUGUUGGUUUACAUUUCAAAAUAAUGAUUGUCAUUCGAGAUUUAGUUGGGUGGUAGAGGCUACUAUACAGUCCCUUGAGAAGAAGAUCAUGGUUCAAUCUUUAAUUAUUGUAGACUGUGAAUUUAGAAAUAUUUAAUACUCCCACUUUUAGCCA